AUUACUCAUCUUUUAAAAACCUAAUUUAAGUUCCGCGUGUUUUAACUCUUCUUUUUCCUUUCCCUUUCUAUCUUCGAAACCCUAAACUCUCUGUGCUAGGGUUUAAUUCUUUGGCUUUCUCUUUUCGCUCUUCGCGGGUUUGCAUUAAUUGCUCUUAAUUGCAUCGUAGCAGUAGCAGUGCUUAGAUCUCUAAUGGAGUACGGUGGCGGCGCCCGCAAAAGAGGCAGGCAUGAUGGUGGUGCUUUGAAUGGUAAUGGCGGUUUUAAGAAAAAUAGACAAGAAAUGGAGUCCUUUUCAUCUGGUAUAGGAAGCAAAUCGAAGCCAUGCACAAAGUUUUUCAGUACUUCUGGAUGCCCAUUUGGCGAGGGAUGUCACUUUUUGCACUAUGUACCAGGAGGAUUCAAGGCUGUGUCUCAAAUGAUUAAUCUGGGCAGUAGUCAAGCUGCCCCACCAAUCUCUAGAAAUGCAGGAGCUCCACCAUCUUUUCCAGAUGGCUCCUCUCCGCCAGCUGUGAAGUCGCGCUUGUGCACUAAGUUCAACUCAGCUGAAGGCUGCAAGUUUGGGGAUAAAUGCCAUUUUGCCCAUGGUGAAUGGGAGCUUGGGAAGCCUACUGGUCCAUACUAUGAAGAUCCACGUUCCAUGGGUCCACAUUCAAGUAGAAUGGGCCGCCAAAUGGAGCCUCCACAUCAUCAAGGUCAUGGUCAUGGUCAUGGUCAUGGUCAUGCUCCCAGCUUUGGGGCUUCUGCCACUGCUAAGAUCAGUAUUGAUGCUUCACUUGCUGGUGCUGUCAUUGGGAAAAACGGUGUCAACUCGAAGCAAAUUUGUCGUGUUACAGGGGCCAAACUUGCCAUCAGAGAUCACGAGUCCGACCCCAACCUGAGGAAUAUCGAGUUUGAGGGUACUUUCGAUCAAAUCAAUCAAGCAAGUGCUAUGGUUCGUGAGCUCAUUGGGAAUCUUAGCCAGGCCUCUUCACAUGGACCUCCGAUGAAGCACGCUGCUAAGAAUGCUUCCACUGGAUCCAGCAACUUUAAAACGAAGCUAUGCGACAACUUUACUAAAGGAACUUGCACAUUUGGAGAUAGGUGCCACUUUGCACACGGACCUGAUGAAUUGCGCACAUCGAUGAUGUGAUCUCUUUUUAAUUUCUUCAGUUUAUUUUCCCCUGAUUUAGGACUUGUUCUUGUUGUAGCUUGUGGAUAUUUGGUCUGUUUUACCAAAUAUUUUUGUAUGCAUAUAUUAGAGAGAUGCCAUUUAUGAGAGCUUUCUAGGUCUUGGUAUUUUGUUAUGUUUUAAUGUUUUUGCUGCUCCUAUGUUAAUUGAAAUAUGCCAAGGCUUACUUGAUA